AUGGGGACUCAGGGUAGCCCGGUAAAGAGCUAUGACUACCUAUUGAAAUUCCUGCUGGUUGGAGACAGCGACGUGGGGAAGGGAGAAAUCUUAGAGAGUUUACAGGAUGGAGCAUCGGAAUCUCCUUACUCUUACAGUAACGGUAAGCGGAGUGGUCUAUCAAAGGCAGAACCUGUUCUGUCACUUCACAUCUGGCUGUUUGUCUUUUUUUUUUUUUUAAACCCUUAAUGAGUGUAGCGUUGGUCUAGGCUUUGUUGUGCCACAUUGUCCAUUCCUUACCUACAAUGUCCUACAGCAAAUAGUGCUACGGGAUUUGUGUUUCCAGUUGUUUUUAACUCUAGGAAGCUCAUCUAUUUCUAAACUUAGGAACUAACAUGAAUUGAUUUUAGGACCUAGUAAGGGUGGCAUCCAUUGGUCUAUAUAAAGAUUUUGAUUUUGGGUCUUGUUCGCAGCUAUGCUUUGCUUUUCAGCUUGAGCCACGUUGUGUUGGAUUGAUAUCGGAUGUGUCCAAGAAGUUUAUUCUGAAUUUUGGAUCAUUGCAGUAAGAUGUGUUGGAAAAGCUAUGAGGGUUAGAGGUUCCUUAAAUUCCAGUUUUAUGUUUAUUGGAUGAAACACGAGCUGCUCUGAGACAAUGGGACAGGAUGCUGUGGCUGCAUCCAAACAUUCCACCAUUUGGGUUUGUAUAGCAGUUAAUUCAGAUUUACUAAUAGGAGUUCAGCUCUGUGCUUUGUUUGUUGCAGAGUUGUUUGUUUGUUUUUCUGAAAAUGGAAUUGUUUUGUAAAGCAAAUUUUUCUGAAAUCUAAUUUGGCAACUGGUAUUAGGGGCUUGAUGAGUUAAUCAUAACAGUGGAAGCUGUGUGUGUUGUGCAGGGGUAUUUAGUUUUUUUGUUUUGUUUUUUGUGUGUGUUUUAUUUUUCUCUUCUGAUCUUUGAAAUAAUUCGUUAUCAGUGUAUAAUGAAUAUGGUGUUUUGGUCAUUAAAUUAUUUUAAUGAACAUUCACAUUUUAUAUAAACCAACUUUAUACCAUUUUAAGAUUUUUCUUAGCUAUUCGGGUGUUUUUUGUUUCCAAACAUUUCACUCUUUUGUAUGUUUAUUGUUUUUUACACAAAUGUAACACCGAGGAUGUCUCCUUUUUGCCUGACCCACCUCUCGUGAUUUAGCACGAAGUGCUGUUUAACUGCUUGCCAAAUCUGGGCUGCUAGACUUUCCCAGAAGGCUCCAUGGCUUUGUUCGGCUGAGACUCUGUCACUGUAAGCCAAACACCUCUUACACCCGUUUGCAGCAAAGUGUUUAAACAGAUUCCUGGUGAAUGCCUGAUGGUCCAGGAAGUAAAGCCUCACUGUCUCAUCCCUGCUUCCUUAACAAAGAUUUCCUGCCCUCACUUCCUGUCUGCCCGGGAUCAUAACCUUCCACCCACUCUCCGUCCGGAUUGUUCACUAAAUCUACAAAUAUCAGGGCAAAAUAGCUAAGCCAGAAACAUGGCUAACUUGGAUCAUUUUCCUUGUUCAUCUGUUUUGAUCUGACAUUUAGAAUUCUCUUAAUACCAGACCAUCCAUUGUGUGGUGGAUAUCCCUGGAUAUAUUUGUGUGUAGAAUAGUGACUGCUCUGUGACGUAUCAACAGGACUCCCUUAUUCACUAUUUGCUGUAGAAUGUGUUUCAGUGCAGAUAUUCCCCUUUGACAUGGAGGGUAGAGACGUGUCUCUGGACCCCCUAUAAUUAUUAAUGCUGUCUUUCUCCAUGAAUGUUAAAUACAUUUCUCAAACCCAAACCUGUAAUAUAUCUAAAAAUAGGCAGUAAAUGUAUAUGUCCAAGAGGAAUAUCCGCUGUUAGAAUUAGAGUAAAUAGCUAUACUGUAUUCAUGAAAUCAGAUAGUUACUUGAGAGAGUGAGUGUGUGUGUGUCUGUCUGUCUCAGUAACAAGAGGUAUCUUUCCAAAAUCCGACUUGAGAUCUGCAGGUGUCAUUCGCAACAGUAAUAUUUUGAUUUGCACUGUGGGUGUUUUAUUAUGACUUGCCGUUGGGAGUAACUUAUAAGGCCUGGCUAGUGGCAUAGGACUACAAGUUUUAUACGUGUAAUAUUCGCCAUAAAUGGACAGCACUCCUAGGACUUCUCCAUAUUAAAACGUAACUUAUAUUUACAUGUUUGUUUUUAAAUAAACACUUUAAAACUCUUCUGAAAUUAUAAUUUAUUUAUUUUUAUUGGGGGAGAGAUAUAGCGAACUCAGACCGUUUAAUUCAAUAUUUGUAUGGCUGUUUGUGAUCCCUGUGAGUUGUUAAAGGGACACUAUAGACACCCAGAAUACAUCUCAUUGAAGUGGUCUGGGUGCAGUGUCCUUGUUCCCUUUAAUCAUGCAAUCUAAAAACCUUGCCGUUCCAGAGAAACUGCAAUGUUUAUAGUGCAGGGUUAAGAUUGACUGUGUACCAGACAGCCACUAGAGACGCUUCCUUCAUUUACAAGGAGUUUAACCACGCUGGACCAUCUUCACACUUUGCAUGAGAACAUACAGGUUUGCAAAUCCCAUUAGGUUCCCCUUGUGCUGCUGUAAGAGGCGGAGCCAGCGCUGAGAGACUUCAUGACUGGAAUAAGGUUUUUUAACUCUUUAACAGCCUUAAGGUAUGGUGAAGGGGAGGGGAGCUGAGGGGCACUAUAGUGUUAAGGAUACAGCUUUGUAUUCCUAACACUGUUUCUUUAAAUUCCAUCCCACCCUGUUCAAUCAUGUAACGCUCCACAUGGGACAUGAGCCAGACAAGGCUGUCCAGAUCAUAGAGUGAGAGAAAAGUAACUUUUUAGAUUUAAAUUUAAUCACCAAUAUUACCAGCAUUGGAUACAUUUGUGAUGCACAUCCCCUGUGUAUAUUGGGAAACUCACUAAAGACGGACUGUCAAGGUUUAGCGAUCUCUUCUGUAAAAGCUAAUAAUUAAAUUACAGAACCGGAUGAGCAAGCCUUGUUACUAAUGGCUUUUUAUACCGGGUGUGCCUCGUCAGACAUUUACUAGAUCUGCUGGAAUAUAGUUUUUGCGUGAUUUUGCAUUCUUACAACUUUUGUUAAGCGCCAACAUGAGCUCUGAGCUGUUACUAUUACUAUAUAAUAAUAUUCUUCACUAAAAUGUGACUUGUCUGGAAUUCAAAGUGAAUUUCGCAUUUUAUAAUAAUUUCACAUUUUAUUCUUACUUUAACUGAUAACCCUGUGUUUGUGUUCAAAUUGUGCUUUUAUUUAUUCGAGUCUAAAAGCAAUCAAUCACUACUCUUGGUCCUGGUCCCACUGCUGAGCCUUUUAAUGGAUUAAAUCCUCCUUUUUUCUGCCCUGGUUUUUGCAGGAUUGUCUUACAACACACACAGGGGUUCUGCGGAAAGAGCUAUUUUCUUGAUUGGAAAACCAAAUUUGACUUCUGGGAAAUUGCUCAGCUAUUUUAUUUCAUCGUAGGAGAGGUUUUAUUUUAUUUUUGUCUGUUGAGGCUGUAUUUCUGAGACAUUCAUCCUUUCCUGGGAUCAGACAAAAACUGUUUGAUAUCUUUUCCCACAAAUUGAGAAUUUGGGUAAUGGGGAUAGUAGAGCAUAUUAACAAAUCUUUUUUAUAAGCGGUUUGUAUCAUAUACUCUGCUUAAUGUGAUUGUCCAGGAUCCCAUUGCUGGUCUGAUUCUUCCAGCACUAUUGGCCCAUGAUGGACUGGAUGCUAGAAGACUGAUGAAUUGUGUAACAGACCAAAAGGAAAUAAAUGCAAUCAGGAAAUUUUAUAUAAAGUGUUAUUCAGCUGUACAGAGCAAUCCAAAACGGCACACACUAGGUAAAGUAAUGGCUGUGCUGGACCCCUGCAGGGGAGCACCAUAAUUGGUGGUAAAGAGUGGGAUUUAGAUGCAAAUUGCAAGGCUAAAUCCUAGGGUUUCUAUAUAAAUGUUGCUGGCUCUUUUAUAGCGAUGAUAUUAAAGUGGCACAGUGUCGGGCUGCAAGGAUAGAUAAUUACAUUAUUCCUGAGCAGUAUGAAAUUCUAUCCACCGUCUGUUCAUCUCUGUAAAAUUUGGUCGCUUUGAUUAAAUUUCUUUUUGUUGUACAUUAAAAUGUGGACAAAUUGUGGCGAGUUUGCACUUAAUAAUUUAAUGCCUUUUCUAAUGUAAGAAAGCACUCAGACACAGAACUGAAGGAUGCAAUCUUUUGAACACAUUUUAUGGCCGUGUUCCAAGAACUGUAUUUCAGUAGAAUUUAACUGUGCUAUUCUGGGCACUUAACUUUGAUUCAUUGUAUAGAAUUUAAAAUGACACAAUAAAGGGGAUUGCUCUGUGUGUGUUUAUUGUUUUUUUUUGUUUUGUUUAUUUCUGUAUAGAAUACAUUUAAUAGUUCUUUAAAGGAACUCUAAAACCAUAACAUUAAAAAAAAUACACCAUUCUUGCCUUUAAAUUUCUUCAAGCUGCAGUACUUGUUCAGACAUUCUGGCAUGUGUAAGGCCACAGCUCCCGCUCUCUCCAGCGGAGGAGAUGGACAGAUUGGUGUCAACGGCUUUUCCAAAAGGCUCAUACAGUCAUAAUGCUCAGGGGGAUGUAGUCCACAACAUAUGAAGUGCAGAAGGUGGCUUAGCAUCUGGAGAAAUGUAAUUCAGAACUAGUAAAUAAUUUUAAGUAUUUUGUCACUAUAGGGUUAUGGCUGGUAAUGAUCUUGUUACUUUGUGUUCUAUAUUAAAUUUCUAUUUUUAAUUCUAGGUAUUGACUACAAAACCACUACCAUCCUGCUAGAUGGCCGACGGGUCAAAUUAGAGCUCUGGUAAGGCUGUUUGCUAAUGAAUCAGUCUGCCUACACCUGUCUCUGGCUCAGAACCUGCCAACACCUGUGUCAUUGAGGUUAUUUAAUGACACAUUCUCCUUGCCAUCCCACUUAUUCUGAAAAUUAUAUCUAAUUGCAAAUUACUUUUAACCACAAAUUAUAUUGGUUAUGUUGAUCCUUUGAAUUAAACAUUUGUUUUUUUGGGGGGAGGGGAGUUUUCUACAGCUUUUUCUUGCCCAUGUUAUUUAACCGGUUCCACAUGGCUUAAAUUCAGCCCCUUGUUCCCCCUGUACCUUCCUAACGCAUGUUCUGCUUCUCUCCACAGGGACACCUCUGGCCAAGGCAGGUUCUGCACCAUAUUCCGCUCUUACUCCAGGGGGGCACAGGUAAAACCUUUUUUUAGUCUCUCACCUGCGUUAACAAGUUCACAGCAGCUGGAUUCCUCCCUGUGAUUUUGUAAAAAAUAUAUAAAACAGCUGCUGCUAUUUAGUGUCAAUUUAUAUUCUCUGUAUUGUUCUUAUACCUUGAAUUAAAUGGACACACCCGGCAAAAAUGUAUGUGGGUGCAAUGUGUGAGCUGGUUUCCCUGUGUGGAUUCCAUUUACAUAAUCAAAUGAAGUUUUGCUCCGUAUAAUCCGUAAACCCACCAUUUCUGCCCAUCCCAACCUGCACAGUUUCCCUCUUUCUUCGCACAAUAGAUAGAGCUUCCGGAUCUCGCUGGGCAGUUGUGCAGGCUGUUUGUCUUUGUUUUUAAAUCAGUUUAACUUCUUGUGGUGGGCACCAGGGUUCUCCUGUCACAAGCCAGAGUUGUUAUGGUGCUUGUAGUGUUCAUUUUAAAUAAGUAUUGCACCUGUUUCUUACAUUUUGGUUCUUAACCAAGGGUAUUGAAGGACAUACACUCUGAAUUCAAGUGGAGUUUUGGUAAAAUACAGCAUUUCAUUACGAGUGAAAGUCUAUAGAAAGCCACGUGUGUGCCGUGUGAAAGUGUUUUUAGUGGGCGCUUUCAUGCCACUAGUUCGAAAGCUAGAAAGAUCCUCCUAAUGGGUAAAUAAAGAGAAAUGAUAAUCCCGGUAUCUUGACUGUCAACCAUGGGGUAAUUUCCAUUUUCAUGGAUGGGAGGUACAUCCCUACAGGAGUACAAUGUCAUUAGUGUCCCACACCCCUUAGGGCAUUACUGGUCCGCCUUCUAGCAUUAAUAACUUAUGGUUUUAUUUUAGGCAUAAGUAUGGUUAGUUCUUCGCAUACCUUGUGUUGCACCUAAUAUGCAAUAGUCUGUGCCUUUACACAUUAUCAAUAUACACCCGUGCUCACUUAUCUUGACUUCUAUCAUUUGUCAAAACGUGCAGUACUCUCCAAUGUCACGUCUCUGUUUUACUAUUCUUGUAUACGCUUGCUGCUGCUGUCGUGGCGCUGCAAGCUCAUUGUUACUCUAAGCACAACAAAAAAGAAAGCAUUUACAAAUAAAAAUGAUAAAAUAAUUUUACUUUCCUCGAUCUUUGUGCAGAGAGACAUUUGCUGCUUCUUCCCUGACCUUUAAAUAAUGAAUUAAAUAAAACUUCAAUAAGUGGUCACAAGCUGUUCGCUAGCAGCAUGUCCGUCUAUGGUUUUAAAAUCGGUGUAGAUGAACCCCUAUUGUUGCUUGGCUGUGAAUCCUGUCCAGGAGUUGCUAUACAGCUAGUUGCUCACGGUGUUCCAGCUUUGAAUGAUGAAUGAUUUGAGCUGUGUAGUGCUGCAGUUUGUACAUUUCAUAUAAACAGUCUAAAAGUGUGUCCUUGUGUUCUAAUGUUAUGCAAAUGAAAGUACAAAAAUACAUGUGACCAAAUGCAAUAUUUUAUCUCUUUGCUUUCUAUUUCAAAGCACACGACCUUAGGGAAAUGAAUGAAAAGAUGAAUUUUAAUGUCAUGAAAACAUUGCUGGGUCAGUCAGGGGUCUUGGACAUGUGCAAGGCAUUAUAGUGAAUAGUGUUAUCUUUGCAAAUCAGUCAGCUGCUGGAAAGGUUAAUUGCUGUGAGCUGUGUUGUCUGGGAUCUCUAGGGAAUCUGAUCCAGAUGGCAUGAUUCCCACAAGGCCUGAUAUGCAACCUGCGGGCCUGCUAAACCCAUCUUUCUGCCUGUGCAUGGAAGGCUCAUCACUAUCUCACUAUGUAAAUGAAAGCCUGAGUGUCUGCAAACUGACCGAUCAUUUCUGGUUUUAUUGUCUUACAGGGCAUUCUAUUAGUCUACGACAUCACCAACAGAUGGUCCUUCGAUGGAAUAGACCGGUGGAUCAAAGAAAUAGACGAGGUAAUGGCUAGAGUAGAAGUUGGCUUUUAGGAAUUAUGUCCCAGAACUUGGGGUUGCAAUCACAUGCAAUCUAAUAGCACCAUAACCACUAUAACAUCAUGAAGUGGUUAUGGUGCAUACGUAGCCCCUUUAACUGUGUGGCGCUUUUUUUUUUUUUUUUUUUAACCAAUUUAAAAUGUAGUCAAUUUCCACUGCUUUUAAGCCCUCCUUUUUAGUUUAAAAAGUUUUAACUAGUAUGUUGGACAACCUCACCCAAAACUUUAGGUGGAUGUGGAAGCCAAUUAAAAUCCUGAAAUUGCUAGCAGGAAGUUGAACGGAUUAUUUUAAUUGCUACCGCUUACAAGAUCUAAUCCAGCAUCUGUUAUGUAUUAGAAAUGUUAAUAUUUUUCAACAGACUGCUUUUGACAUAUGUAUUUAGGGAAAGGUCACAAGGGUAUAUUUUCAAUAUACACCUUCCCACCAAUUCGUACUAACCAUUUUUUCAAUAACCAAUUCAGAAGCUUUUGAAAUGAUCUCUUGUGAUUUUUAACUGAUGUGUAAUCUUUGACAUUUUCUUUUUAUCUGUAACUGUUUACAGCAUGCUCCUGGAGUACCUCGAAUAUUGGUGGGAAAUAGACUGCAUUUGGCUUUCAAAAGACAAGUCCCCACUGAGCAAGCGCGGGCGUAUGCUGAGAAAAAUGGGAUGACGUUCUUUGAAGUUAGUCCCCUCUGCAACUUCAACGUGACUGAAUCUUUCACAGAGCUGUCUCGUAUCGUCCUCAUGCGGCACGGAAUGGAAAAAAUAUGGAGGCCAAACAGGGGUAAGAGCCUUCAGUGAGGCCGUUGUGGAGCAUUGUGAUAUGUAGGUAGUUUAACAAGAUCAUCGUUUGUAUAGAGCAAGAAAACCAAAGUUUCAUAAAGUAAAAGGUUAAAAUAUAUAUAUUUUUUCCCUUUUCCAGAUUUAAUAUAAACUUUAUAAAUUAACCUUGUUACACCCCCUGGCUGUCAAUUCUAUAGUAGGUCCUGUUACGUCCUGAUUUGUUUAGGUCUGUGGAGCAGAUGCUCAGGAAACAGCAGUUACCUUGAGCAUCUGCAUUGUAUAGAUUUCUCAUUGAGCUGCAUUGAGAAGUCUGGGAUUGGACAGCCAUGGGAAGUCAGGGUGGGUUUAGAUGGGAAGUUUUUGUUUUUUUGUUUAUUUAUUUGUAUACCACCAUUGACAAAAAUCCACUCCUAAAUAACUGUAUGUGUAUACAGUGAGGGGGAAAAAGUAUUUUAUCUCCUGCUGAUUUUGAACGUUUGCCCACUGACAAAGAAAUGAUCAGUCUAUAAUUGUAAUGGUAGGUGUAUUUUAACAGUGAGAGACAGAAUAACAAAAAAAUGCAUGUCAAAAAAAAUAUACAGAUAAAUUGAUUUGCAUGUCAAUGAGUGAAAUAAGUAUUUGAUCCCCUAUCAAUCAUCAAGAUUUCUGGCUCCCGAGCUGAGAUUAGGAGCACUCUCUCUUAAAGGAACACUAUAGUCACCUAAAUUAAAUUAGCUAAAUAAAGCAGUUUUAGUGUAUAGAUCAUUCCCCUGCAAUUUCACUGCUCAAUUCACUGUCAUUUAGGAAUUAAAUCACUUUGUUUCUGUUUAUGCAGCCCUAGCCACACCUCCCCUGGCUAUGAUUGACAGAGCCUUCACUCAAACAGAUGUAAUUUACCUUAAAUAAUUGUAUCUCAAUCUCUAAAUUGAACUUUAAUCACAUACAGGAGCCUCUUGCAGGGUCUAGCAAGCUAUUAACAUAGCAGGGGAUAAGAAAAUCUUAAUUAAACAGAACUUGCAAUAAAGAAAGCCUAAAUAGGGCUCUCUUUACAGGAAGUGUUUAUGGAAGGCUGUGCAAGUCACAUGCAGGGAGGUGUGACUAGGGUUCAUAAACAAAGGUAUUUAACUCCUAAAUGGCAGAGGAUUGAGCAGUGAGGCUCCAGGGGCAUGUUCUAUACACCAAAACUGCUUCAUUGAGCUAAAGUUGUUCAGGUGACAUAGUGUCCCUUUAAAGGGAGUGUUCCUAAUCUCACUCAUUGCUUGUAUAAAAGACACCUGUCCACAGAAGAAACCAGAUUCCAAACUCUCCACCAUGGCCAAGACCAAAGAGCUGUCCAAGGAUGUCGGGGACAAGAUUGUAGACCUACACAAGGGUGGAAUGUGCUACAAGACAAUCGCCAAGCAGCUUGGUGAGAAGGUGACAACAGUUGGUGUGAUUAUUCGCAAAUGGAAGAAAUACAAAAUAACUGCCAGUCUACCUCAGUCUGGUGCUCCGUGCAAGAUCUUACCUCAUAGAGUUUCAAUGAUCAUGAGAAUGGUGAGGAAUCAGCCCAGAACUACACGGGAGGAUCUUGUUAAUCUCAAGGCAGAUCUCCAUCAAACAUGAAGGUGGAAAUAUUAUGCUUUGGAGGGUUUUUUCCUGCUAAGGGGACAGGACAACUGCUUCGAAUCAAAAGGCGAUGGACGUGGCCAUGUACCGUCAAAUCUUGGAGGAGAACCUCCUUCCCUCAGCCAGGGCAUUGAAAAUGGGUCGUGGAUGGGUAUUCCGGCAUGACAAUAACCCAAAACACACAGCCAAGGCAACAAAGGAGUGGCUCAAGAAGAAGCACAUUAAUGUCCUAGAGUGGCCUAGCCAGUCUCCAGACCUUAAUCCCAUAGAAAAUCUGUGGAGGGACCUGAAGGUUUGAGUUGCCAAACGUCAGCCGUGAAACCUUAAUGACUUGGAGAGGGACAAAAUCCCUCCUGAGAUGUGUGCAAACCUGGUGGCCAACUACAAGAAACGUCUGACCUCUGUGAUUGCCAAUAAGGGUUUUGCCACAAAGUACUAAAUCAAAGGGGUCAAAUACUUAUUUCACUCAUUGACAUGGACACCAGUUGAUAACUUUUCUGGAUUUAUAUUUUGUUGUUCUGUCUCUUACUGUUAAAAUACACCUACCAUUACAAUUAUAGACUGAUCAUUUCUUUGUCAGUGUGCAAAAGUUCAAAAUCAGGAGGGGAUCAAAUACUCUUUUCCCUCACUGUGUGUAUGUAUGUGUGUGUAUUUUUUUUUUUUUUUUUGCAUUUGGCUGUGCCCAGGGCCGGCCUUAGGCAAUUAGGCGCCCUGUGCAAAAAGUCUUCACGGCGCACCUCCCACCAAGUUGCCUGAAUACAGUAACACACACAGGCACCGGGACGUGUGUAUCACGAGGCAAACAAGGCAUCUGCCUUGGGCGCCACUUUGCAGGGGGCGGCAAAAAAAAGCAUCCCUCCAAACCCCCAGGCAGAUCCCUUGCUUGCUUCGCAUCCUGGGGGGCUCAAGAGCUGACCGGCUGGCCACUUUUGAGCCCCCCCAAGGCUGGCAGCGGGCAGCGAAGGAGCAUACUCACCUGAGCUCUUCCUGCUCAGCUUCCUCUGCGCCGCUUAAUGAAGCCGGGAGCCAGAAUAUGACGCCAGUCCGGCUCCCGGCAUCACUAAGCGCUGCUUACUCAGCCUGUGCGCCCCCUGCCUGCCUGCCCAGCAGCCACACUGGACUGCUGGUAAGAAAUCCACUCCAGCUUUCCCAGGGAGGCUGGGUGGAUUUAAAAUAAAUGUAAAAAAUAUUAGUUUGUGAGUGUUAGUGGAAAUGUCUGUGUGUGUGUCUGUGAGUGUUUAUUUGGAAGUGAAUGUGUGUGUGUGUGUGUGUGUGUGUGUCUGUAAGUGUGUAAUUGUGUGUGUCUGUAAGUGAAUGUGUGUGUGUCUGUGAGUGAAUGUGUGUGUGUGUUGGUCAGUGAGUGUAUAUGUGUCAGUCAGUGAGUGUGUAUGUGUCGUCAGUGAGUGUGUAUGUGUCGUCAGUGAGUGUGCGUCUGUCAGUGAGUGAGCGUCUGUCAGUCAAAGUGCGGCCUUGACAGGAAGGGGUGGGGGAAAUUUAACCUCGGUUACAGGCAUGUACACACACACUCAGUUAAAGGCAGUCACACAUACAGGCACAGGCACAAACAAUGGCACAGCUACAGCGACACACACAGACAGACAGUCACAUAGGCAGUCACACACACAGACAGACACACAGUAACACACACAUAGACAGUUAUACACACACAGGCAGGCAGUCACACACAGACAGAUAGUUACAGACAGACACACACAGGCAGGCAGUCACACACACAGACAGACAGUCACACACACAGACAGACAGUCUCACACACACAGACAGUCUCACACACACAGACAGUCUCACACACACAGACAGUCUCACACACACAGGCAGUCUCACACACACAGGCAGUCUCACACACACAGGCAGUCUCACACACACAGGCAGUCUCACACACACAGGCAGUCUCACACACACAGGCAGUCACACACACAGACAGUCACACAGACAGUCACAUACACGGGCAGUCACACAGACAGACAGUCACACACACAGACUGUCACACACAGGCAGGCAGUCACACACACACACAGAGACAGACAGUCACACACACACACACACACACACACACAAGGACAGGCAGUCACACAGACAGUCACACACAUACACACACACACACACACACGCACACAGGCAGGCAGUCACACAGACAGACAGUCACACACACACAGACAGACAGUCACACAAACAGGCAAACAGGCAAACAGUCACACACACACACUUACCUCUUUCCAGUGGAUGCAGUUGGCUGAUGGGGAAGCAUCUUUCCCUCUUCCUGUACAGCAGGGGCUUCGGGAGGUAUUAGCCCCGUCUCCGCCUCUCGAUAAGCCCCACCUCCGCCACUCGGUAAACCCCGCCCCCUCUGCCGCGAUUUUUUUUUUUUUUUUUUUAAAUAGACCCGGGUGGAGAAUAAUUAAUCCUCCAGCCAGGUACCUCUUUUGGCUCCCCUGCACUCCGGCCAUGAGUGAGCUGUGUCGGCCACAGGGCGCCCCCUGUUCCAUGGCGCCCUGUGCGGUCGCACAGCUCGCACACCCCUAAGGCCGGCCCUGGCUGUGCCCCUGCAUCUUGCGGAGCAUCACAGAGUAAAUGUAGUUCAGAAAGAAUUUUGAUGGAAAGGUUGGCUAUUGCUGCUCUAGAGACUCUAGAUCAACCUCUGUGUGGGUCAUUUUUCGAGAGACUAUUCUUUUAUACGCUUUAUUUUUUUUAUUUUUUUAUUAAAUCUGUUGGGGUACCUGAAAUUUGCACUGGCUUUACUGAAAGAAGAUCUACGUUAACAUUUUUGUUUAAACUAAGAAUUGUUUUAGGAGAAUACGUUUUAAAAGAUUAGAAAUUUUAUAGUCCACACUGUUGCUUUUGAUCUUAUUGAUACUUUCUUGGCUGCUUAGUAAUUUUAUUUUUAAAAUGUUCUUUUGUUUCCCCACAGUGUUCAGUCUGCAAGACCUAUGUUGCCGUGCCAUUGUCUCCUGUACCCCUGUGCAUCUUAUUGACAAGCUGCCACUUCCAGUGGCCAUCAAGAGCCACCUUAAGUCCUUCUCCAUGGCCAACGGCAUGAAUGCUGUUAUGAUGCACGGACGUUCGUACUCUGUGGCCGGGGGUAGUGGUGGAGCCACAGGAAGUGGUGGGGGAAGCAAAGGCAACAGCCUUAAACGCUCAAAGUCAAUACGACCUCCACAGAGUCCACCGCAGAACUGUUCUAGAAGCAACUGUAAAAUAUCUUAG